GGGGCGGAGGGCUGGGGACAGGGUACGGGUCUGAGAAGCGCAGCGGGGGCCCAGGAUGCCCGGGCCGCGCGCCCCAGUGGAGCCCCGAGCGUCCGGGGAGCGCCGGCCGCUGCUGGAGCGCAGGCCGCGGGGGCCCCGACGGUGGUGGCGGGCGGCGGCGGCCGCGGUGCUGCUCGUGGAGAUGCUGGAGCGCGCCGCCUUCUUCGGCGUCGCGGGCAACCUGGUGCUCUACCUGAACAGCGCCGACUUCCACUGGGCCGGCGAGCAGGCGUCCCGCGCCGCGCUGGUCUUCCUGGGCGCCUCCUACCUGCUGGCGCCCGUGGGCGGCUGGCUGGCCGACGUAUACCUGGGCCGCCACCGCGCCAUCGCGCUCAGCCUGCUGCUCUACCUGGCCGCCUCCGGCCUGCUGGCCGCCACCGCCUUCCCCGACGGCCGCAGCUCCUUCUGCGGCGAGAUGCUCUCCCUGCCGCUGGGGCCCGCCUGCCCCUCGCCCGGCUGCCCGCACACCUCGCCCGCCCCCUACUGCGCCCCCAUCCUCUACGCGGUGUUGCUGCUGCUCGCCCUAGCCGCCAGCUCCGUCAGGAGCAACCUCACCUCUUUCGGGGCCGACCAGGUGAUGGAUCUUGGCCGCCAUGCCAACCGCCGCUUCUUCAACUGGUUUUAUUGGAGCAUUAAUGUGGGUGCCGUGCUGUCGUUGCUGGUGCUGGCCUUUAUCCAACAGAACAUCAACUUCCUGCUGGGCUACAGCAUCAUCGUGGGCUGUGUGGGCCUGGCCUUCUUCAUCUUCCUCUUCGCCACCCCCAGCUUCAUUACCAAGCCCCCCACAGGCAGCCAAGUGUCCUCCAUGCUCAAACUUGCUCUCCAGAACCGCUGUCCCAGGCGGUGGCGCCGACACUCUGCCAGAGACCCUCCAGGUGCCCAGCUGCUGCCUGACCAGAGGUCUCCCCAGCCUGGCCCUUCCCCCCAAGAGGACAUCGCCAACUUCCAGGUGCUGGUGAAGAUCUUGCCCGUCUUGGUGACCUUGGUGCCCUACUGGAUGGUAUACUUCCAGAUGCAGUCCACCUAUGUCCUGCAAGGUCUUCACCUCCAAAUCCCGAACAUCUUCCCAGACUACCCUGCCAACAGAUCUGCGGCUCUGAGGGCCCAGGGCGGUGGCUACAAGAUCCCAGAAGCCUGGCUCCUCCUGGCCAACGUCGUGGUGUUGCUGAUCCUGGUGCCUGUGAAGGACCACCUGCUCGAUCCUUUACUGCUGCGCUGCAAGCUGCUUCCCUCGGCUCUGCAGAAGAUGGCGCUGGGGAUGUUCUUUGGUUUCACCUCGGUCAUUGUGGCAGGAGUCCUGGAGAUGGAGCGUUUAGAGUACAUCAGUCACAACCAGACGGUGUCCCAGCAGAUUGGGCAGAACACAUAUUAUGCAGCACCACUGUCCAUCUGGUGGCAGACCCCUCAGUACCUGCUCAUCGGGAUCAGUGAGAUUUUUGCCAGCAUCCCAGGCCUGGAGUUUGCGUACUCAGAGGCCCCGCGUUCCAUGCAGGGCGCCAUGAUGGGCAUCUUCUUCUGCCUGUCUGGGGUGGGCUCGCUGUUAGGCUCCAGCCUGGUGGCACUGCUGUCACUGCCGGGGGGCUGGCUGCACUGCCCGGAGGAUUUUGGGAACAUCAACAAAUGCCGGAUGGACCUCUAUUUCUUCCUGCUGGCCGGCAUUCAGGCUGCCACGGCCUUGCUGUAUAUCGGGAUCGCUGGUCGCUAUGAGAGGGUGGCCCAGGGCCCAGCCUCCCAAAGCUGUCCCAGGAGGGGCAGUGGCUGAACACGGCCCCCACUCCCCCCACCUUGCCUCUCUCCCCCAACAGACAGCCGCAGGCCCAGCUGGGGUUUCCUUCUCAGUUUAUUCUGUACCCAACAUUAGGAUGAAAUGGUUCUCAUAAAUAAGGGCCCUGAGCCCUUCCUCAC